AUGAGGCGACGAUUUGUGCUGUUGACGACGCUCACGUCGUUCCUCUGUGCGUUUCAGCUUUGUGUCUUCGGUCAUCGGGCGCCGGCUCUCGAGAGCGUGAAGAGAACGCACGACGAAGAGCGCGCCGCCGAAGCGCGAUGGGCGCGUUCAAACCUCACCAUUGCGGUCGUUUUAUGCGCCACGUCGCGCGGCGUCGUCGAUACGCGAUGGCAAAGCUUAGCGCUCACUUCAAUCAUGUUGCCCUCGCUCGCGGCGACGGUGGAGCGCGGGUACGGGUAUUCCCUGUACAUUGGCGUCGACGACGACGACGUGUUUUUCACGAAGGCCGACACGACAUCGUACGUCAAGUCCGUGGUCGGUGAUGCGAUGCGCGUCGUCGUCGAAUCGUAUCGACGUACAGGUAGACGCGUUCCGUUCAAUCAAAUUCUCGAGCGCGCCUUUGAAGACGGGAACGACUACUUGGUACGGAUAAAUGACGACACGCAGUUUUUGACAAAGUCGUGGACGUCGCUAGCGAUCGAUGAGUUGAUGAGGAACACACCGCCCAACGUUGGAGUCGUCGGACCCGUCGUUCACGGUCCUCGAAACGUAAACGCGCGCAUUUUGACGCACGACGUCGUGCACAGGACGCACAUGGAAAUUUUCAGAUGCGACUACUACCCCACAGUUUUCGAAAACGUGUGGAUCGACGACUGGAUCACGCGCGUGUACGCACAGAGGGCGCGUUCGUUGUCGAAUUGGCGCGUCCACCACCACACGGGACAUCACGGCACUCGAUACGGCGUCGAUAAGUCUCUGAAACGGAUGCUACAAGCUGAGAUCGGCUCGGGGACGAUACAGAUUGAGCGCUGGGUGAGACACCACGAGGCGAGACGAUCGACGCGCACGACGUCGUGUGCGGAUGUACGGGCGAAAACACCGAUCGAGAGUGCGACGUGA